AUGGAGGCCAAAACCGUACUCAAGCUCGGUGAGCUUACGACCAACCAGCGUGGCGGCAAGUUCUUCCCGGUGUGCGCGGAGGCCUGGCGGUCCCGCGAGUGGCUGCGCAUCUUGUGGCACGCCAGCUCCCACGGCAGCGAGGCGGAAGCCCGGCGACUCCCCCUGUGUCUCGAGCAGAACGAGGCCGCCAAGGCAGACCUGGAGGCGAUCGAGAAGGACAUCAAGGGCCAGCUGACCCAGCGAUGUCUCCGCGACUCUAAAAUCUUCGGCCGCUACCUCGCCGCGUCGGACGUGGAGGGUCGCUUCGUGUCCUGCCUCAAGACCUCCUCCCGCGGCAACAGCUUCAUCAAGCUCAAGGUCGAUUUGUCCCGAGUCCACUUCUGGGACGCCGACCAGCAGCCGCUGGAGGACCCCGGCGACCUGGCCAAUCGGGAGUGCAAGGUGCGCGCAGAUUUGCGCCAGGUCUGGCUAAUGUCGGGUCAGUGCGGGCUCCUGCUCGAAGUGACGGACCUGCAGCUCAGGGAGGCUGAGGCCCCGGCCCUCCGGUGCCCCUUCUUCUUAGAGCACGCUCAACAACCCGCUGCUGGUGGCCCUGCUGCUCCCCACAUAGAGGUGCUUGAGGGUGAAGUGCGGGCUCUCGGUGUCGCACAGGAAGACCCGCCCUUCGAGCGUCAGGCCUUGACACGAGGCGUAAGUGAUGGCGUGGCACAUGCAGCCGGGUGUGUUUCAGGAGGGCGGCGUGGGUGA